ACUCAUACGAAGGGAGCGCUCUCUGGUAAAUGGGUCCACCAAGUCGACGGCGGAGAUGAGCCGGCCGCGUCACGCGCGGCUCACGUGAUUCGCUCGGCGCCAUGGCGGCGGGCUGCGAGGAAGCCGCAAAGAAGCUAGUAGACUAUCUUCGUCGACGGCCGCUGACGAGAAAAAAAAUUGUCUUUUUUUUCAAACUGCGAAGCGGUGGCGAAUAGAAUAAUGGAGCAAAAUCGUUAUUUAGGGUUUUGAAAGGACGGGAUGUCGGUAUAUAAAACUCGGAUUUUUAGACAUUUUUCUCGCGAAUAAUUAUCGUGAAGAGGUGGAGAUCCGAUCUACUUACUGAGUUGGCGGAGUACGAUUUCAUCUGCUUUCAAUCAUCAGUUUUCAAUAGCUGCGGUGGUUUCAGCAGCUUGAGCAGGAGCUGCGAGGUUGCUUUUUUUGGGAUGGGUUCGAGGAGCUCCAAGCUGCUUGCGUGCUGCUGGAGUUCGAAGAAGAAGAAGACGUCGAUUCUGGAAGCUUCGGACGUCGAGGGGGAAGAUAAGCUCGAUGGUUAUCAAUUGCAGCCGUUCCAGGAGUUCUCAUUUGAGCAGCUCAGGGUGGCGACGUCGGGGUUUGCGGCGGAGAAUAUUGUUUCUGAACAUGGGGAGAAAGCUCCCAAUGUGGUGUAUAGGGGAAAGCUGGAUGCUCGGAGGAAGAUUGCUGUUAAGAGGUUUAACAGAUCUGCGUGGCCCGAUCCUCGUCAGUUCUUGGAAGAAGCAAGGGCUGUUGGCCAACUUCGAAACCACAGAUUAGUGAAUUUGCUUGGUUGCUGUUGUGAAGGUGAAGAGAGGUUGCUUGUGGCUGAAUAUAUGGCCAACGAAACACUUGCCAAACACCUUUUUCACUGGGAGAAUCAACCCAUGAAAUGGCAAAUGCGACUGAGGGUUGCACUUUAUCUAGCAGAAGCCUUGGAAUAUUGCACUAGCAAUGGCCGUGAUCUUUAUCAUGAUCUUAAUGCUUAUAGAAUUCUAUUUGAUGAUGAUUGCAAUCCUAGGCUUUCAUGCUUUGGCCUGAUGAAGAAUAGUCGGGAUGGUAAAAGUUACAGCACAAAUUUAGCAUUCACUCCUCCAGAAUAUCUGAGAACUGGAAGGAUUACGCAGGAAAGUGUGAUUUACAGCUUUGGCACAUUGCUGCUUGAUGUUCUUAGCGGAAAGCAUAUUCCUCCAAGCCACGCCUUGGAUUUGAUAAAAGAUAGAAACUUUCACAUGCUGACAGAUUCCUGUUUGGAAGGGCAGUUUUCAAAUGAGGAUGGCACUGAACUAGUGCGCUUAGCUUCGAGGUGUUUACAAUUUGAGCAACGUGAACGGCCUAAUGUAAAAUCAUUAGUCCUUGCAUUGACACCUCUCCAAAAAGAAGUUGAGGUUCCUUCGUAUGUUUUGAUGGAUAUGCCACAUGGAGAUGAAUCAUCUAUUGAGUCUUUGUCACUUUCUCCGCUGGGUGAGGCUUGCCUUCGAAUGGAUUUGACAGCUAUACAUGAGAUACUGGAAAAGAUUGGCUACAAAGAUGAUGAAGGAACAGCAAAUGAGCUUUCUUUUCAAAUGUGGACAAAUCAAAUGCAAGAGACUUUGAACUCGAAGAAAAAGGGAGAUACUGCAUUCCGGCAUAAGGAUUUAAAUGCUGCAAUUGAGUGCUACACUCAGUUCAUCGAUGUCGGAACCAUGGUUUCUCCAACUGUCUUUGCUCGUCGCAGUCUCUCUUACUUGAUGAGCGAUAAACCCCAAGAAGCACUUAAUGAUGCAAUGCAGGCCUUGGUCAUAUCUCCAACUUGGCCAACUGCAUUCUAUCUUCAAGCUGCUUCUCUUUUCGCCCUCGGAAUGGAGAAUGAAGCUCGCGAAGCACUCAAAGAAGGAUCUUCCCUGGAAACUAAAAAGAAUGGAAGCUCUGCGCGCUGAAGAAAUCAGAAUAAACCAACACAGUAUGGCAUAAUUGAAACACAUACAUGGAAUUAACUUUCCAGAUUUUGAGGAUUUCAUUGCUUUUUUGGAGAGUGUUCAUCUCAUCAAUUUUUUGAAGGAUUAAAUCCAUCAGUUUCAGGCAUCAAUCAUUGAAAUGGUGAAGGGAAUUUCUGUCAUGUUCUAUGAGCACACUAUGUUUUGUAUUAUAUGGUGGCAACAAAGAUGCCUAUGGAAGAGAUUUCAAAAUGUUUAGCUAUUUCUCAAUUGUGAAGGCAUUGAUAUUGAUGUUAACCUGUAUUUGUUCUUCAGGGUUUGAUUUUAAUUGUAUUUAUAUGACCCUAUCAUUCAGGUUCUUUUUAAUAAGACUUGCCUUCUGGUAAUAUUUCAUGCA